GGCCAGUUGACGACGAAGAAGCGCGGGCUCUCGCGGCAUUAAUCACGAGAUCCCACGAAGGGUUCCGGGACGAGGUGGGAGCCAGUACAAGCGAUGACGGCCUACACGAGUUGAUCGACAUCAGUCGCAUCGAUGCGCUGCUAUCGGAUCCGCAGAACGUUGCUCCGAACCCCUUCGAUGCUCCCUCGCAGGCAAUUAGUGAGUUCCUAUGUCACGUCGCGACGCAGGACAGCGAGAUCGACGAAAUGAACACGCAACGCGCCUCCCAUAACGAGCCUAGCCUCCCGCCUGUGCAGGGAGCGCCACCGGAAUCAAUAGAAGUCGUCGUGGUGCCGAUGGAGGAGUACGACGUCGAAGGGGCCGCGACGCAGGGUGGUGACGGCAGCCCGCUAACCAGCCCCCGGCCUUCUGCAGUCGGGUCAUGAAAAGAUGGUCGUGGACGUAAAUCCGCGAGACGCGGCUAGCCGGGCUCCCUUCUGGCGGUGCUCUCGGUCUCUGAUAAUUAGAGCCGCUUACGACCUCAAAGCACUGAGCACGACCUCAAGGCACUGAGUAGGUUCGAUUAAGCGAUGUCUCUUUCCCUUGUACUUAAGUUGACUGCGUCUGCUACUAUACAUCUUCACCUGGGCGAGCCGCCUACGACCUAAAGUUGAACGCUUGCUGUGAACUGGGAACAAGUCGCCGUGUUCCUAGUUAGGCGGCGCCUCCCCUUGCCAUUUCGCGCCUAUUUCUGUGCUAUUUAUCCUACGGUUUUCGUGUUUGGUUUUUUGCCUAUUUCCUUGCUAAUUCUUUGUCUAAUUCCUUGUCUAAUUUUGUAUCUAUUUUUUUGCCUAAUUUCCUGUCUAUUUUUUUGUCUGAUUCCCCGGCCGUGCUUGCCUAUUUUUUGUCUAAUUUCGGCGACUUUUUUUUUUCGCUGCGAAAACCAAUAGCCCGGGAAUUAGGCGCGAAAUAGGCAAAAAAAUAGGCGCGAUGCCUCUGUGCCUGGGGGGCCUGGGCUGUUGGCCUUGCGCGUUUGCGCCUUCCUUUUUUUGUUUUUUUCUUUGCCUCCCUGGCGCGGCGGUCAUUUGGGUCGCCGGGUUGCGCAUGGGCUUCGACGGUUCAAAAAUUAGCACCGAGAUAGCCAGUGCCCCGCAAGGGGCGGCGCAGGCCAAUCCUAGGUCCUGCCACGUACGGAAGCCGGGUCAGACUCUUCGCAGGCGCAAGCCCGGUGGCCGCAAGCGGAGCUGUCUUGGUCUCCGCGUGAGAGACUUCAAUGUAACCCCACUGGCAACACAUCUGGUUCUUGAAAUGAGGACAAGAUGA